CAGUUGAACUGGACGCGGUAGUAAAGUUUGUUGAACGGCAACAGCUAAGGGUACGAAAAAGCCUCACAGUCUGUAAUGUGAACACGUCUGCAAGUAGUCUUUGUCAGUCACAAACUAACAGCGGGGUCACGACAGGGAGUCUGCAUCGCUUAAAACCAAGUAGGUCUGUGUGUCAGCGUCGGUGUAUUUCCGGGUGGCAUGAGGCUGCUCCAUCCCAGCUAGCAUCAUCACUUGGUUCAUCCUCCCUCCUCCAUCCAGCCACAACAACAGCUACCGCGAGGCCGGGACACAGUGACCGAGACAGAUUUCUAAUUGAUGUCUAAUAGCUGAAAGCCAGAGCGGGGGGCAGCGGGCAGGAGUUAUGGCGGCUUCGCUUCUCUCUGAGACCGACAUCAGGCACCGGUCCAUGGCGGAGGAGGAUCCGAACGGGAAUGAGCACGGGGCGGCUGCACGCAGCGCGGAGCCUCGCUGGGGACCGCAGCACGCCGGGGCCCGACAGCUAGCGAGGCUCUACUCUCCCGGAAAGCGACUCCAGGAGUGGAUGUGUGUGAUUCUGUGCCUCUUCCUUUUCAUCAUCAACUUCUCCUUCCUCCUCCUGCACUUCUCCACCGUUCACAUCUACAAGAUCAUCCUCGGCAUCGUCCUAGGAAUAGUGACAGCAGACUUUGCAUCGGGGAUGGUCCACUGGGGGGCGGAUACCUGGGGAUCUGUGGACAUCCCUAUUAUUGGCAAGGCAUUCAUUCGUCCAUUCAGAGAGCACCACAUCGAUCCAACCGCCAUCACUCGCCACGAUUUCAUUGAAACCAAUGGCGACAACUGUAUGAUCCCCAUCCUACCACUGGCUCACAUGGUGUACAAGUUCCUCACAUACACACCAGAGGCCUUGGCGGCGUGCUAUCCCUGGGACUGCUAUGUCUUCGCCCUGGCGGUUUUCGUGACGCUGACCAAUCAGAUACAUAAGUGGAGCCACUCCUAUUUCGGCCUCCCGCGCUGGGUCACGCUGCUCCAGGACUGGCAUCUGGUGUUGCCACGGAAACACCACCGCAUCCACCAUGUCUCGCCGCACGAGACAUAUUACUGCAUUACUACAGGUUGGUGUAACUAUCCGCUGGACCAGCUGGGCUUUUGGAGACGGAUGGAGCAAUUGAUCCAACAACUCACAGGGCAGAAACCGCGAUCAGAUGACAUGGCGUGGGCCAAGAAAACCGACAGAUAAACACAAAAAGGAGGGAUGGAUGGACGGUCGGGCCUGCAGAUGCAAAAACAUAGAAGAAAGAGAUGGAUGGGGAAAAACACAUACACACAUUUUACUCAUGUAUCUGCGCUUCUUGCUAUAAUACUAAAGAGCAAACAUUUAAAGAAUCCGUGUUUGCAAAAAAAAAAAAAAUCAAAGAUGGUUCGAAAGAUUUCUGUAUGUGCUGGAGUCUGUAGUUUAACAAGCUUUGAACGUAGGAGGACUACAAGCUGAUUGGCUGUUACUCUGCUGUAACAGCCAAUUGGCUUGUGGUCCUGUCUAUCAAAUAAGGUGUUGUGGUGUGUAGGAAGUUUCUGGAGGUUGGGCUCUCCAGGAGUGACACCAUGCUGUCUGUUGAAGGCAGCUUCUUACACCACACAUACACAUGUACACACACAAACACACGCAAGCGCAUAAACACACCUAUACACUUGCACAGUGCACACAAACUCAAACAUGUUUGUUCAAACAUGUUCAGUGUCUCCACUGACUUCUUCUUGUCUGUUGUUUUUUAAGUAUUAGGGUUGUUUGGCUCAUACUAGAAACAUCACCACCCUGAUGGAUGUUUUUACACACAAGAAGGUGAAAAUCUCAUGACUGUGUGCUUAAAAACUGUGUGAUUAAAAAUGUAGACAGUUAACUUCACCUCUUUAGUGCAUGUGCUCGAGGUAAGAUGAUCUGAAGAUAAUUUGAGGUCCGUACAUACAAGCAAAGCCAUGUUUUCCAGUUUUGGUUGAUUCUGAAUCAAUGAUAACAGCAUUUUCUGUUCAUCCUAUAUGUGCUUUGACAAACUGUAGAACUUUUCUUGCGCAGACAUUUCUCAUGGAAAUUUGGUAAAUGAACGUAUUUACUGCACAAAACAAAUCAUCUGUAAGCCAUUAUGAUGACUUCUAAUUAGAUUAGAACCUAUAUUUCACUUGAAUCCAGAUUAGUUUAGAAUUUUUAGCACAUCUGUUCAGCUAGCUGUAGUAAAGCAUUUCAUCUUUUUUCGCUUUCAUGCACAUGAAAGAGGCAGCCAGACUUUCUCGUUGUCUCUUCAUAUAUUACAUUUUUAGAGUCCACUAAAAAACAAAUCAACAGUGUGGUCAGAUUUUGACUGUCUUCACAGACAGAGAAAAGACACAACUGAACUGAAAAUGGUGGUUUAGCAAGUUACAGUAGGUGUAAAGCAGGUUACAAAUGCAAAGGUGAAUGUGUUUACACUUACAGGAAUACGUUUAGGGAAAUACACUCACUCCUUUACUUGGCAAGACUGAGAUAAAAAGAUGAAUUUUACGGCGUAAUGCAUUCACUUAUAAUAAAUAUAUAUUGUCCUGUUUUUUUUUGUAUUAACAAAAUUAUUAUCUCAGAAUUCUGAGAAAAGUAUUCAUGGGAGGGGGGCUGCUGCUGAUCAGCCUGACCCUCCAGCACUGCUAUAUGAGUACGUGAUAAAUAUAAAUACAGGGUAUUAGUUACAUGUUACAUGCCAAAUUAUGUCAGCUAACUGGAUGCUUGACCACGUGUAACAUGAGAGAGCAAACCAAAUGAGAUGUCUCGUUAAUGCAUUUUAUUUUUUUUCCAUGAAAACGUUUCUCAGCAUUCUGAAAUAAUAAUGUCAUUAAUUCAGACAAAGAGGGCAAACAUUUUUUUCUCAAGUGAAUGCAUUAUUAUGCUUCCAUAGUAUACCACUCUCACAGGAGCCUAGGACUGGGGGAAGUGAGGAGACUGAGUAUGCAGGAGGGCCCACAAAGAUACUAGAAUGAAUUGCUAUUGAUGCAGGUAGGGAUCCAUAGAGAGAGUCUAUGUACAGGGUCCACACUGUUGUGCUCUACCCCUGCACUCUCAUGUAAGGAUGAUACAUUUGUGGCUGUAGCAUUCACUGACUAGCUAGGUUAGCAUUUCUUAUUAUAACUGGAAACGAUGGGAAAUAGCUAGCCUAGCUCUGUCCAAACAUAACAAAAUACACAUACCAGCACCACUAGCUGUUUUUCCAUAUUUCCAGUCUUUGUGCUAAGCUAAGUUAAUCGGCCGCUGGUGGUAGCUUCAUAUGUAGCUAAAGACAUGGAGGACCUCUGGCAUUGAGUUUGGAUGGCAGGUUGAUGUUUAUAUAAUAUAUAUCUAUCUCAAUUUUACACGUACACACACACAUAUAUAUAUAUAUAUAUUGUGUGUGUGUGUGUGUGUAAACUUGAGGUUCUUUCUUACAUUUUAGCAUAAAAGACAGAAGCAGAACUUCCUGGGCAUCAGUGGUUUCUCCUUACUGUACUUGUGUCAUGUCUGCAGACAGAAAUGUAUCCAGCAGAAGUUCAGUUUCUUGGAGGAUGCUUGUGGCUGCCCUAAAGGCCAUAAAAUGAGUUCUAUGUGUGAAGUUUGCAUUUUCACCAUCACACUGGACAGCUCAGGGCACGAAAGCUUGGUUGAGUUGGUUAGUGCCUCCAAGAGCUGCUUCUUGUCACAUCCUGCAUCACUGGGAAUUUAAAUUCAGUUUUUUGUCAGCCCAGGACAACCAGACCACUUCCUAAAGCACUUCCCAAUCAUUUAAAUUGUACUGCUCUGAUUAAGGAAAGCUUGAAAAAUUUUUUUUUUAUCAACAACCGUUCUAUACCACAAAUAAAUCUUUGCAGUCUUUUAUAAACAGUUGCAGUCAUUCAAACCAUUUUAGAAAUCCUGAUCCAUUGCUGUGUUCACAUCCAAAAUCCUACCGUAAAAAAGACAAAGAAAUCCCAUCAGCAGUUUUGCAAGAUGCUAAUUGUUGGCGCUGUCUAUUCCACUGUGCUGCUUUGGCUGCAACUGUAAAUACUAAACCAUACCAAGAAGGGAUCACAAACCUUUAAACCUAAAUCAGAGAGAUUCACACAUUCAAACUGAAUUUCUGUUGCACUAGCAAACUACUAGCAAGUUGCUUAUAAAAUGCAAAUAAUGUCUCCAGUAUCAGAUUUUUGCUCACAUUAAUACGGUGACACAUGCACUUUAGUUGGCUGUUAAUAACUCUGUACUAAAGAGUCUAGUUGCUUGACGUCGUAGUUUCUUUCAAGGCUGGAAAUCUCUUCAGUCACCGAAAAUCAAUAACAGCACUUUCAUGUUUUACUGGGUUAAUGUCUGAAAAUGUGUCCUGAAAGCAACUGUUGACUCAUGAUAACACACACACAGAUAAAGUCACACAUCUCAUUUGCAUGCACACACACACAUAACAAAACUCUUGAAUGCUGUCACACUGUACACCAACACACAGGCUCUUUCUGACAUUGUGUUCUGUUGUUUUCUCCGGCUUUAUAAUGUUCUAUUUUUUUAUUAACGGAUCAAGCCUUGUAGAGUUCAGUUUUGACGUUCCAUUUUGCAGCUCAACGCUCGCUGCUCGUCUUGCCUUAAUGUUUUUAUCUGCUCUUUGAUUUAAAUAAAGGUUUAUUAAAUCCAA